AUGUCCAAAUCCACUGUUGCGCUCAGUGCAGUGGUCACCCUGGCGGCGGCGACGGCUCCAGCGCUCAAUUGUAGCGUGGCAAGCAUCGCAGCCUUCCUGCCUACGAAUGCCACCGUCUUCUACGCGGAGCACUACGACAAGGGCGCCAACUUUACGCCUCCCAUCUCGCUGAACUAUGGCUUAACGUCCAUCCCCACUGGUGUCAGCGCGUAUGAGGUGCCCGUGGCUGGCUGCGUGGCGCAGGCCAACAUCACCCUGCCGAACAACACCCAACACAGCGUGGGCAUGGUUCUCCCCGACGACUGGAACGGACGCUUUAUGGCGGUAGGCAACGGCGAGUUCUCUGGGUCGAUCGGCUGGUCGUCUAUUCUGAACACCAUGUGGUACGGGUUUGCCAGCUUCUCCACGGACACGGGCCAUGAAGGGAACAACGGCAGCUUCGGCUACCACAACGAGGCGGCCCUUACCAAUUGGGGCUGGCGCGCGAUGCAUAACGCUGUGGUCAACGGCAAGGCGGUCACAGAGGGGUACUACAAUCAGGAGAUCUCCUACAGCUACUACCGGGGCUGCUCGGCCGGUGGCAAGCAGGGCUUCAAGGAGGUGCAAAUGUUCCCCGAUGACUUUGACGGCGUCAUCGCCGGCGCCCCCGCCUGGUGGAUGACCCAUCAGCAGCUGUGGAACGUGCUCACGGCGAUCUGGAACCUGCCCGAGACGGCCGACUACCACGUCACCGACGACCAGAUGUCAGCCGUAGCUGCUGAAGUGCUGCGCCAAUGCGACCCCCAGGACGGCGUGGAGGACAACAUCUUGCAGAACCCGCUCGGGUGUGUGCUGAACCUGCAAACCCUCAGCUGCAGCAACACGACCAACGCGACCACCUGCCUGACGCCACCCCAGAUCCGGACCGUCGAGAAGCUGUUCUCGCCCUGGAUCGAGGCCAACGACACCUUCGUCUUCCCCGGAUACACGCUCGGCACCGAGAUGGGCGCACCCACCAUCGACGCCGACUUCGUCACCUACAUCCAGUACAUGCUUCAGAUCGGCGGCGACUGGACCUGGGAAGACUGGAACGCGGACCUGGUCCAACUCUCGGACCGACUGAACCCAGGCAACGCCACCGCGGACGACUUCGACAUCUCCCCUUACUACAAAAAGGGCGGCAAGCUGCUCCAAUACCACGGCUACUCUGACCCGUCCAUCGCGACCGCCUCGUCGAUCUACCUGCGCAACCGGAUCGAGGAAACGCUGGCCCCGCAGGGCAUCCCUCUCGACGACUUCUACCGCUUCUUCCUGAUUCCAGGCAUGGAGCACUGCACCAGUACGCCCUCCGACCAGGGCGCCCCAUGGUACAUGAACGGCGACAGCCAGGCGGGCUCGCUCGAGGGCACCGUCUUCGGCGUGCCGGGCUACAACGACUCGACGCACGAUCUUAUCCUCGCCAUGGUCGACUGGGUCGAGAACGACAAGGCGCCUGAUUUUCUGAUCCCGACUCGCUAUAACAACGAUACUCCCGCCGACGGCGUGGCCAUCCAGCGGCCCAUCUGCCCGUACCCGAGUCUCGCCAAGUAUAACGGCUCCGGUGACGUGACUCUCCCCGAGAACUGGUACUGCGGGACUUUGUACUAG